AUGGCCGACGAUUCCAACACAAAAAAGCGGAGCAGCCGGAGCUGGACUGCGUAUAUACCCAGACCAGGCAGCAGCGGCGGUAGACCGGGCAGCAGUGCUGGCGGAACACCGGGGAGCGCACCUAAAGCUAAAGAGGUCGUGUCUCCGACGCUGACCACCCCCAUUGAGGGUCAGGAGAGCGCCUCCGCGCAUAUAGCCACCUUUGCUGCGGCUUCAACGUCGAAUGCCUUUCCCCGCGCUACUACUUUGGAACCAACUCCCACUGAGCGACCGCCAAAUCCCAAGCGGAGAUCAUCCAUCUUUUCACUGACUCUCCCACAGGUACUCGAUCCAGGACCCACACAACUCUUUUCUAAUGGUCUCGAACGCACGAACUCAACUCCACAGCCAGCCGCGCCGACGCUCAAGGCUCCCGACAUGUCACGGACUGCCGGUGGCUCGUUUGGAAGAAUGUCCUUCAGUUCCAUGAUUGGCGGUUUAUCGUCACUCUCCCUUUCCCGAACAAGCACACGGGAUGGCGUGAGCGACGACAAAGAACAACGCGGCCGUUCAAUGCUCAAAACAAAAAUUCGCUCAAAGUCAAACUCCCAUGCCCCGCCAGAGCAGGACCCACCAUCCCGAAGUCAGUCUCGGGCUCGUUCUACAUCACCCUUCACCUUGCGCCGGCUACGUACCCGUGAACCCUCACCUACACCGCAGCCACUCCACCUUGGCCACUCGGAUGUCGACUUGUCAGAUGCGGCUUCAUCGGUGUUUGCACGGACGGCAUUUACUGACGACCCAUACUCUGGUGAUGAGACCGUUGGCGAAACCGAUGCCGAGUCUGAUGAUUCUUCCAGCGACGACGACUUUUUUGACCCAGUCACCGAGCGCAACACGGAGCAAAACGCGCAUAUAGUCCCUGUAGGGCCGGAAGCAGCCCUCAAUCCAAUUGAUGGGGAGGAUCCUGACCCCGUGGGCGAAGGUGUAAACGUAGUCGUCGCACCUGAACCCUACUUCCCGUCAUCACUCAAUUCCCUUUCCAAUGCGCGGGGAAAGCGAAACCCGCGCCGGCGCAAGUCUGUCAAGACUCACGAGCCUUUGCCUCUUCAAACUUCACGACCCAUUUUCCAAAGAGACAGAUGCACUAUCACAAUUACUCAGGGCGACCCAGAGGGUAGCUUGGGCGAUCGAAAGAAGCGUAAAUAUGUCGUCGCUAGCGAUUUGAGCGAGGAGAGUCGAUACGCUGUUGAGUGGGGGAUUGGAACUGUGUUACGAGAUGGAGACGAGAUGUUGAUCGUCAGCGUGGUGGAGAACGAGAGUAAAAUCGACCCCGCCAUUCCUAACGCAGCCGACCGUAUAGGAAAGCUGAGAAGCCAGCAAGAGCGUCAAGGGUUAGCGUAUAUUCUGGUUCGCCAAGUGACGGGUUUACUUCAGCGAACGAGGUUAAACGUGACGGUUUCCUGCCAGGCCUGGCACGCGAAGAACUCUAGACAUAUGCUUCUUGACGUUGUCGACCAUGUAGAGCCGACCAUGUUAAUAGUGGGGUCGCGGGGGUUGGGUCAGUUGAAUGGGAUCCUGCUCGGUUCAACAUCCCAUUAUCUUAUUGAGAAAUGCUCUGUACCUGUUAUGGUUGCUCGUCGUCGUCUCAAACGACCCCCGAAACGCUCAGCGCAUCUGUCAACUCAUCGCACCCAUGUCUCCCUCGCCGAGGCAGGCAUCGAUCGAGUCGCAGGAAAGGUGGACGAAGAUGUCAAGGUCAUGCGAGACGAGCUGCAGAAGGACGACAAAGCUCGUGAAAGCGGUUCAACAGGAAAGAAGAUGCCAGAGUUUGAGAUGCGAGAAGACGCCGAGGAUGAGGCUGAGGACGAAGAAGAAAUCAGCGUGCCCAAUGGUGCUAGCUGA